AUGUUGAAGUUGUGGCUCGAGCUCGCUCUAACGGCUGAUUCAUCGGCGUUAUUUAGGGGAAGCAAUAGUUUUGGGAUGAGUCUAAAAAGGCCAUCGGAGCUCUAUAAACACCUAAGAGUUUCCAAGAGAUAUAUCCUGGGGAAAUCCCAUGAUGAUAUAGUGACAUCGCUCCCAAAAGAUGAAGAUGCCCCCGAGCUAGAGUCACGACUUCAAUUCCAUAAGCAAUUUAUGAUAGGAGCGCAAAGUAACAGAGCGGGGUUAGGAUCAAAUAGGAAAGUCCAAGAUGCGGAUAUAUUGAAGUCUUUUAUUAGGCAAGACGAGAAUGAUAAAUAUAAGAUCCAUGCAAUGAAUUUAGAAAUGCAGAACGAGUGGUUAGACAUAGGAGAUUUUUGCAUCCCAUUAGCAUUAAAAUGGCGCACUUUAAUUUAUGAUUGGUCGCCAGCAUUGCUAAAAUUCUAUCUCAAUGCGUUCCAGAUGACUCUCCCAGAUCAGAGUAAUUUAGUAAGAUGGGGUAAAAGUACCGAAAAGACUUGCUAUAUCUGUGGAAAGGCAGUUGGAACUGCUAAGCAUCUGCUGGUGGGAUGUAAGGUACUCCUUGACAGCGGUCAAUACUCGCGUCGUCACGAUAGGGUUCUAGAAGUCAUACGUGAAGCGGUUAGUCUUUCGGUAGCCAGAGCGCAAAAGGGAAUAACCACUAACGAACGAUCAGUAGGUUUUGUGAGAGAAGGCACUAGGGCUACAAAAUCAAACGUCAAGCCUUACUCCAUCCUUAAAGCGGCGUCGGAUUGGACUAUAAUGAUGGACACGUAUGAAAAACAAUAUAAAAUCCCCGAGGAUAUUUGUGCGUCGGCCUCCAGACCGGAUAUAUUUUUGUUUUCGCGAAUUUUAAAGCGCGUAGUGAUGAUAGAGCUUACGGUCCCUUGGGAAACCAACAUCCCCAAAGACCAUACCAUCAAGGUCAACAAAUAUUACGAGCUCACAAACGAACUCACUCGAAAUAGGUUCGUAGUAGAUUUGUACGCGGUAGAGGUGGGAGCGAGAGGUAUAACAGCGAAAUAUCUCUAUAACCUACUAAAGGACUUGGGCUUGUCCAGAACUCACAUUAAUGCAUUCUUGGAACGUACAUCGAAGGCAGCCCUAGUAGGUUCUUUUCAAAUUUGGUUAGGUAGGGAGAGGAGCUUGGACAGUGGAGGUGAGCGUAUAACGCGCGUUAGUUAA